CGGUUUACUCGGACACGCUCGGCUCAGCGCGCUUAGUUAUCAUCGGUCGCCGAUGUGAACGGCGUAGCCAACGGUCAGUCUGCUCGGAUCGCUCGGAACGGAUAUUGGCCACAGCAGCGCCAAAAGGAAGUAGUGACGGUGGUUAGUGUUCCGGUUCAGGUUCAGCCCGGUUUCCGGUUUGGUUUGCUUCAGUGUUUUGGAGCAUCGCGAUCUCUCGCGUGGUAACCGUGUUCCUGGAGUUCCUGCGGAUUUGGUCUGGAGAUUUAGCGACACAAAAUGGCGGCCAGCUGCUUCGGGUGCAAGGAGGAGAUCAAGGACAAGAUGCUGGAGGCCCUCGGCAAGAGCUGGCACCCGGAGCACUUUGCCUGCAAGGAGUGCAAGAAGCGCAUCGCCGAAAACAAGUUCCACGAGAGCGAGGGGAUGCCGGUGUGCACCAAGUGCUUCGAGUCGAAGGUACAGGCCAUCUGCGCCGCCUGCCGGAAGCUGGUGACUGAGAAAGUAGUGAAGGCGAUGGGCAAAUCGUGGCACCAGGAGCAUUUCAUUUGCGGUGGCCCCUGCAAACAGCAGCUGUCCGGCAAGACGUUCUUCGAGCGCAACGGCAAACCGUACUGCACCGUGGACUACGAGCGGCUGUACGCGCCCAAGUGCGGUGGCUGCAAGAAACCGAUCGCCGAGAAGGCCCUGUCCGCGCUGGACAGCAAGUGGCACAAGGAGUGCUUCAAGUGCAAGCUCUGCAAGGAGCCGAUCGGGGUGGACGCCAAGUUCCGGUCCGACAAGGAGAAGCAGCCCAUCUGCGAAAAGUGCGGCGUUUAGACGGCGGCGGCAGCCCCUGCAUCGGUGGCAAACUUAAGGACGCGUAACAUAACUGGAACAUCCCGUCCUGCUUCACUCUUCUCCACACUGAUUUAUCCCUUUCAAACAGACACACACACGUGCACGACAAUAAUGGAAUAAAGCGUUACAACGCACACAGCACUCUCUG